AUGGGCCGACUCCUGCAAACCCUCUGCUUCCUCCUGCUCAUCACCUCCUGCCCCUGCGCCGUCAUCACCGGGGCCUGCGAGCGGGACCCGCAGUGCGGCAGCAGGACCUGCUCCCUGACGCCCUCAUCUCUCCUGCAUCUCUCCCGCGUCUCUCCGCAGGUCCCUUUCUUCGGGAAGCGCCAGCACCACACCUGCCCGUGUUUGCCCAACUUCAUAUGCUCCAGGUUCCUCGACGGCCGCUACCGCUGCUCCGUCGACUUCAAGAACAUUGAUUUUUAG